AUGGUUUUGCUUAAGGUUAUGGAUGAUGGACUUCUUUCUCAACGAGCCGAUGCAACAUCUGUUUAUGAUGAAAUGACUUCUUUUGAUUUUGUAUUCAUCUUGCAUCUUAUGAAAGAGAUUAUGGGGAUCACAGAUAUCCUUUGUCAAGCUUUACAAAGUAAGUCUCAGGAUAUUAUAAAUGCAAUGGAGCUUGUAUUAUCUACUAAGAAUUUACUUCAACAAAUGAAGGAUAACAAGUGGAAUGAUUUGCUUGCAAAAGUGAAAUCUUUUUGUGAACUUCGAAAUAUUGAUAUUCCUAAUUUCAAUGCUCUAUAUAUUAAUAGACGAGGUCGAGCCCGCGCUCGUCAAGACAAUUUCACCAUUGAGCAUCAUUAUCAGGUAAACAUCUUUUAUGCUUCAAUAGAUUCACAGUUGCAAGAUAUUAAUGGACGCUUUAGUGAUGAUGCUAUGGAAUUGCUUAUUCUUAGUAAUGCCUUAAAUCCUUAA